CCAAGUCACGCGCUGGCGGUACCCUCAGGUCUGCACCCACAACUGUUGCAGCGCUGUGGAGGGUACCGCUGUUUUGGAAGCUUGGAAGGCCCGGGGUGAGGCUCCCUAGGAGAGGGCGGGGCCGGAGGCUCGGCUCUGUACGGCGGAGGAGUUCUGCCCUUUUCCAAAAGGAUCCCAGAGGAAGACUGAUCUUUUUCUGCAAAUACCAAAGCCAUGGCUCAGGAGUCAGUGAUGUUCAGUGAUGUGUCCAUAGACUUCUCUCAGGAGGAGUGGGAAUGCCUGAAUGAUGAUCAGAAAGAUUUAUACAGAGAUGUGAUGUUGGAGAAUUACAGCCACCUGGUUUCAAUGGCAGGACAUUCUGUUUCUAAACCAGAUGUGAUCUCCUUUUUGGAGCAGGGGAAGGAGCCCUGGUUGGUUGACCGAGAACUAACAAGAGACCAGUGGCCAGUCCUGGAAUCAAGAUGUGAGACCAAGAAAUUAUUUCUGAAGAAGGAGAUUUAUGAAAUAGAGUCAGCGCAGUGGGAGUUAAUGGAAAGACUUACAAGACAUGACCUUCAGUGCUCUAGUUUCAGAGAUGAUUGGGAAUGUAAUGGCCAGUUUGAGAAACAACAUGGCUCUCAGGAGCGACACUUUGGUCAACUGAUAUUCACCCAUGAAGGCAUGCCUACAUUCAGUCAGCAUCCAUCCUUUACAUUACAGCAAAUCAUCAAUAAUAAAGAGAAAUACUGUGGAACUAAGGAAUAUAGGAAAGCCUUUAGACAUGACUCACAGCUUACUACACAUCAAAUAAUUCAUACCAUUGAGAAGCCCUAUGAAUGUAAGGAAUGUGGAAAAGCCUUUAGACAUCCCUCAAGACUCAGUCAUCAUCAGAAAAUUCAUACUGGCAAGAAACCCUUUGAAUGUAAGGAAUGUGGGAAAACAUUUAUUUGUGGUUCAGACCUUACUCGACAUCACAGAAUUCACACUGGUGAGAAACCCUACGAAUGUAAGGAAUGUGGAAAGGCCUUUAGUAGUGGCUCAAACUUCACUCGACAUCAGAGAAUUCACACUGGUGAAAAGCCCUAUGAAUGUAAAGAAUGUGGGAAGGCCUUUAGUAGUGGCUCAAACUUUACUCAACAUCAAAGAAUUCAUACAGGGGAGAAACCCUAUGAAUGUAAGGAAUGUGGCAAUGCCUUUAGUCAGAGCUCACAACUUAUCAAACAUCAGAGAAUUCAUACAGGUGAGAAACCCUAUGAAUGUAAGGAAUGUGAAAAGGCUUUUCGUUCUGGUUCGGAUCUUACUAGACAUCAGAGAAUUCAUACUGGUGUUAAACCCUAUGAAUGCAAAGAAUGUGGAAAGGCCUUUAGAGUACGCCAACAGCUUACUUUUCAUCACAGAAUUCAUACUGGUGAAAAACCCUAUGAAUGUAAGGAGUGUGGAAUGGCCUUCAGACAGACUGCACACCUUACUCGACAUCAGAGACUUCAUUCUGGUGAAAAACUCUAUGAAUGUAAAGAAUGUGGAGAAUCUUUUAUAUGUGGCCCAGACCUUAGAGUACAUCAGAAAAUUCAUAUUGGCGAAAAGCCCUAUGAAUGUAAAGAAUGCGGGAAAGCCUUCAGAGUGCGAGGACAACUUACUCUCCAUCAGAGGAUUCAUACUGGUGAGAAACCCUAUGUAUGUACAGAAUGUGGAAAGGCCUUUAGACAGUAUGCACAUCUCACUCGACAUCAGAAGCUUAAUAUUGCUGACAAACUCUAUGAAUGUAAAGAAUGUGGGAAGGCCUUUUUGUGUGGCUCUGGCCUUAGAGUACAUCACAAACUUCAUACUGGUGAGAAACCCUAUGAAUGUAAGGAAUGUGGGAAAGCUUUCAGAGUGAGACAGCAACUAACACUGCACCAGAGAAUUCAUACUGGUGAGAAACCCUAUGAAUGUAAGGAAUGUGGAAAGACCUUCAGUCGUGGUUAUCAUCUUAUUCUUCAUCACAGAAUUCAUACUGGUGAGAAACCUUAUGAAUGUAAGGAAUGUUGGAAGGCCUUUAGUCGUUACUCACAACUUAUUUCACACCAAAGUAUCCAUAUUGGUGUUAAACCUUAUGACUGCAAGGAAUGUGGGAAGGCUUUUAGAUUGCUCUCACAACUUACACAACAUCAGAGUAUUCAUAUUGGUGAGAAACCCUAUAAAUGUAAGGAAUGUGGGAAGGCCUUUAGAUUGCGCCAAAAACUUACUUUACAUCAGAGCAUUCAUACUGGUGAAAAACCCUUUGAAUGUAAGGAAUGUAGGAAGGCCUUUAGACUUAAUUCAUCCCUUAUUCAGCAUCUGAGAAUUCAUUCUGGUGAGAAACCUUAUGAAUGUAAGGAAUGUAAGAAGGCCUUUAGACAACAUUCACACCUUACCCAUCAUCUAAAAAUUCAUAAUGUAAAAAUAUAAGAUAGUUUUUCAAUCCUGUAUUGUAGAAUACUCUAUGAAUAUAGUAAUUAAUCCUUUUUGCUUCCUUCAUACAGGCAAUUGACUUAAGAGGUUUUAUAUCAUUAAAAUAGUAUGUUAAUUUAAUGUAUUCCACCAUCACUUAAACCUGAUAAACUUUACACUUACUCUAAAAACUAAUCCUAAUCAGUGUGACAAAUGUGGGAGACACUUAUCUCUGUCCCAUCACUUUCCUACUUGUAUUAUAUUGACAAGAUGCUUAACUGCUCUGUGCUAUAAUUUUUUCAUUUGUAAAAUGGUAAUACAAUACUGUGGCAGAAUAAAAAUUGUUGCAAAUUGUUUGACAUUCCCUCUUUCCCCCCAUCAAAAUCUGGAAUCCACAUCCGUUCUCCUUGAGGAUGGGCAGACCAAGACUACUUUGACUAGUAGAAGUACUGCUGUGCCAGUUUCCAGGCUUUACUGGUGGAUUUUACUUCAUCUCUUGGAGUGCUCCUUUAAGCUUAGGCUCUGAAUUCUGUUAAAAAGUCUGUCUGCUCUGCUGAAGAGACCACAUGGAGAAGACCUAAGACCACAAAGAAAGGAAGAGGCACCCUUCUGAGCCCAGUCUUCCACACAUGUCUACCAAGACGCCAGACAUUUAAGUGAAAUAGUGUUGGAUCCUCCAGACCACCCAGCAGCUGAGUACCCACUGAGUGACUUCAGUUGAUACCAUAUAAAACAGAUGAAUCUAUCAACUGAGUCCCUGCCCAAAUUCCUGACCCACAAGAUCAUGAGAUAUAAUAAAAUGAUUGUUGUUUUAAGCCACUAAAUUUUGUUUUAUUAUUAUCAUUAGUAUUACUCCUUUGAAAAUUCAUAUGAAAGACUAUGGGCACAAAGAAUAUAGAAAUGCCUUCCACCAACACUCACCCUUAUUUAACUUCAGAUAACUUACUCUUUUUAAACUAGUGGAAGUGAGAAAUUGUUUUUCAACUUGUUCAUAAAAAAGCAGAUAUUCUACAGUCUACAUUCUCUGGCCCAAGUCUAAAUUUAACUUAAAAUUAACAAAGAAUAAUGUAAAAAGAAACUUUGGAAAUUUAAAAUUACUUGUAUUAUAACUUCUGUAUUGAUUUUUAAAAAUACAUUGUAGCCUUUUUUUGUGC